UUGUUGUUCUGACUCGUUCAUACAUUUUACAAAUCGGAAACUCGUUUUUCCGACACCACAUAAUGCACCAUAUGUACAUACAUAGCCUAUCCAUUAACAAUAUACCAUUAGGUGCUGACUGUCGCUCCUCCACCCGUGUGCACAUGGCUUCAAUUAAAGACAGAGCCGCUGCUUUGAACCUUACAUCCAAAAUGUUUGGGCGUCCUCAAGCACAUGGAGACAGCAGGAAACCGGUUUGCAACAUUUGGAGAGGCCUGAUCUCCCACCUCAGGUCCUCGGUUACAGUGAAACGUCAACGAGUCCACUUCAAGUCUCACAGUGACUGUUUUCUGGGUUCAGAGGCUGCCGAUGCGGUGGAAGAACAUAUCCACAAUGUCAAAGGAUUUCAGGGUGCCUGUGUUUCUCGGGACAAAGUGGUGAGUGUUUGCCAGGCUCUCUUAGACCAUAAUGUGUUUGAGACAGUGGGUAAUAAAGUGUUUGGCAAAGACAAACGGACAACUUUAUUUCAGGACAGCAAGAGUGCCUUUUACAGGUUUGCAGCUGUGUGUACUCAAUCAAUUGAUGAUUUGGAAAGAGGUUGGCCUCUAGAUGAGAUCCAAAAGCUCUUCUGCAUUACUUUUUCAGAAAGGCAGGAGGACCAGGCAUGCCCCCCAGGGACACAUGUUCAGGUGACCACCAAGACAUUCACUAAAGCCAACCAACUGGACACUGCUGGCCUGUCAGUGGAGCCUCUGCUGGACACUACUGGUCUGAGUUCUGGCAAAGUGCGAACAGACAGUUUACCACAAUCCCUGUUAGAUGACAUAUGGAAAGAGCAGACCAUCCAAAAGCUGCUGAACCUGGUUGAGCUCCCACUGCUGGAAGGUGUUCUUCAAUGCAUCCAGGACCCAUCCUCGACCCCAUCAAACCUUUUGAUUCACAAAAACACAGACCUGAUAAACAGCAGCAACCACCUGGACAGACAGAUCCUCAAGGCCUUCAGAGACUCUCAGGACGAUGAGUGGCUCUGUGCAGCUCUGGACUGUCUGGUCUUUCUCCCUGAUCAGCCAGUAGUAAAGCUGAGCAGAGAUCUACCUCACUGCUUUCCACUGGACUGCUGUGACCAACUGCCAGCUCCUAACAGUUUGCAAGAUAAAGUCCACAACACAGAUGAACAGCCCCGUCUUUCUCCCAGUUGUUUGGACCAGUGUAAACUGCUGUUAUAUUGGACACUGGUGACCCACUACAGCCACAGGCCUCCACUACUACCAGAGCACAUGACUGACAUCUACAUGGCAAUCAUUGACUUGCUGGUGAACUCUAAGAUAGCUGUAGCUCUUGAAGCUCUGCAGCUUUGUCUGAAGCUGUUGCCUCUCACCUGCAGGGAGGAACUGCACAAACUGCUUACAUUCGCUGCUCUUGCAGCAGACCCUCAGGGGAUAAAACUGGACAAAAAGAUGGACAAUAGACUGGCAGUGAUGAAAUCUUUUUCUGGAGCAGUUCUCCGCUGCAAGGCUCUGUCAAAGGAGACAGAUGACCUGAUGGUGGUCUUCAUGCUCAGCAACGUUAAGGACAUAUUUAAAAUACCUGGGGCUCUGCACAGAGGAGUGAGUGACCAGCUGUCCUUCCUUGUAGAGGGGAAGAAGCCUAAUCGAAAUGGUUCUUCAUUCUGUCAACAGGUCUCCAGAAAGACUUAUAAUGAUGAAAAAACAAAGAACACCAACCAGGAACUGUGGGCUCUGAUAAAAAGCAUCCACCUGGACAACACCAUUUCAACUAAGAAGAGAAAGCAUCUACUUGGACAGUUUUCCCAAGCCCACCCACAGAUAUUUCACCAGUAUUUUUGUGAAUCUGCUGUCGAUUUGCCUUAAAUGUGUGAACACAGUGAAGUAGACCAGUUUCACUACAUGUUGUUCCAUAGUAAUCAAGCUUAAUUAUUUUAAUCUUAGUUUUGUUUUUCAAGGUAGGCUACAUAUAGGAAAGAUUUGUGUUUGUAUUUGCUUUAUAUGUGAAAAAAACAAAUAAAGAAAUGAUUUAUUAUUGGA